AUGCCUUCCAACGCCGCUGACAAGCUGGAUUUUGUUCUCAAACAGCUUCACUGUUUGGGGGCUCCCAAGGCGCUUCUGGGGCUCAUUCUCCUCCUUUUUCUGUCGGAGAAUGUUUCGAUGUUUGGAGAGGCGUACGAAUUUGUGGAAAUCUUUGCUGGAGAAGCAUGGGUGAGCCGAGUAAUGCGAUCCUCUGGGAGGAGAACGGCCAGUCUUGAUAUUAUUUUUGGUGAUCCACUUCCCGGAAAGCAAAAUGUCAUGGACUUGACAACCCCCAGUGGAUUUUGUCUGGCGCUUUUGACCAUCUUGAACAUGAAGUUCGACGCCAGCUUUUGCGUUGUCGGUUUGCUGUGCAGCUCUUUUGUGUCUAUAAAUCAGGCUACCCACUGCCGUGCACCAUGGUUUCCCUUGGGUGACACGGGGAGGCCCCAUGUUGCCUUGGGAAAUUUGCUGGCAUCACGGGUGGCGCUUCUGAUCUUGGUCCUGCAGUGCGUUGGCGCUGCUUGGAUGGUGGAGCAGCCAAUUUCAUCAUUGGCUUGGUGGCACCCCCGUCUCCGAGCCCUCUUGAGAAGCAUCGACAGGAUCUAUGUUUGCCGUUGGUGGAUGGGGCACUACCAUGGCAAAACUCCGAAGCGCCACAUUUGCUGGUCAAAUACCCCCAAGAUUGGUCGCCUUGACAAAGGUGUUCUCAAAAAACAUCAACGAGAGGAGAUUGCCAAAAUGGGUGUGAAGUCUGCUGCAACCAAAGUGAACAAAAAAGGUGGCAAAUCCUACAGUGGUACUUCAGCACUCCGUGGUACAGGGACGUACCCGCCUCAUUUUGGGCUUCGCUUGGCGGGACUCUACUCUGACCUCAUCGAGAAUCGUUCGGCCAACCCUCCAAUGCCCAAUGAUCUGGAGUACGAGGAUGAGCUUAAAGCUUUGAAAGCAGCCCAAACUGCUGACUCCAAGGCGGCUUCAGCGGUUGCGAGCCCUGAUGAUGAGACCCAGCCAGCAUCUCCAGAAGAGGUAGAAAAGGCCAGAGGACGUGCUCGCAAGGGAAAAGAUACCCAGAAGAAUGCUGUUGCUGAACCCAGUGAACCCAAAACACGUAGAACUGCUGCAAAGGCAGCACCCAAGGCCAUGUCUGCCCCGUCGGGGCGAUCCAAGAGUAAGUCUGAUGAUGGUUCAACUCCUGAGAGUGCCAAAAAACCCGGGGGGAAGCAGCCUGCUCAGCCCCCUUCCAAGCGCCUUCGCUCCAAGAGCUCUGGAGACCCACCUGCAGCGCCGCCACGUGAUCCAAAGAUUGCAGAUCUGGAGAAGGCCAAUGCCAAGCUGAAGAAGCAGUUGGAAGCUUUGCAGAAGGCAUCCAGUGCAUCGACAGCCAAGCCCUCUAGUCAGAAGCGGCCACGCACCCCGCCAUCGUCAGCAGCCGCCUCCAAGAAGCCAACUUUUUCGCCCCAAUCUGAGGACGAAGAUGGACCUGAGGACUUUGACAUCUUUGGGACCCCUCGGUAUGAACCUUCUGAUGAGUCUGGGGGUGAAAAUGAAAUAGUUGGUGAAGGAGAGGAAGGUGAGGAUGACGAGGGUGGGGAGAAUACAAAGGAAGGUGAGGGAGAGUUGAGUGAAAGUGCCAAGAACCAGCGUUUGAGACGCAUAUGCGAAGUGAAACCAGGAACUGGGGUUUGCCGGGUCCCUGAUGAGAUUCAUGCGCGUUGGAAGAAAGGUGGUACUGAAAGGUUGAAGCUCCGAGAUGAACUCGAAGCUGCUGGCUGGGACAAGGAUGAGUUCGUCAAUGCCAUUAUCAGAAUCAAGGAAAAAACCAGCAAGUUCACCCGCCAUAAGCGCAGAGGGUGGUACACGAAAGAGAAGAUGAAGGUCAAGUUGGGUUGGUCGAAGAAAUACAUCGAGCGCGUGGUGAAGUACUGCGAGCGAAAGGGGAAUGAGGCCCUUGUGAAGAAGGAUAAGUAUGACCGGUCCAUCAACAAGUACCAUGUGGAAGUGGACGAGGAUGAUGACGAGUGCAGUGAAGACCUGGAGAAAGAGCUCCACGAGACCAGCAAGGACACUUCAAAGAAGGUGAGCUUCAAGAGCCUUGAUGUGAACAGAACCCGAAAGUCCAUGCGACCUGCUGAGAAAGAUGAUGGGGAUUCGGACACCGACAAAGACGCUCCUGAAGUCAACACGGGGUUGCAGGAGUACAAUUCCCUCAAGAAGUUUGGCGAUUCACUGCUGAGCAGGAACCGGAAGCUGAGUGAGCUUGAUGGUCAGUUGGAUUUGGCACUGCUAGAGUGUUCUGAUGAAAGCCCCCACCGUGAGCGGAUCGGAAAGUCCCGAGCCAGCAUCGAAAAGGCCAUGAAAAUCUUGGAGGAGCAGUUUGAGCUGGUGGAAUCCACCAGGGCCGAGGUGUCAGACCUCAAGAAGGGCAAGCUGGGCAAGGCUGAAGAGAAAGCGCUUGUCAACAAGUGCGAGGACCGAAUCAAAGAGACCACCAGAGCAUGUUCGAAGGUUACAGCUGUGGAAGCCAGUGCCAAGAAUGUCCUGAAGAUCGUCAAAAAGACCGACUGA